UUAGAGGUUUCUCAUCAGCACCAUCCACCUGCCGCUCUCCCCCCAUCUCCCUCGGGCUUCGAAGAACACCUCCAGACACAUUUCAAACAUGGCCAGCAGCUUCUCGAGAAUCCUCUCCUCCAAACGCAACAUCGGGAUCUUGUCGGUGGUCGGGGGCUCGCUAACGGCGGGCUUUCUUCUGCUGCACCGGCAGCACGUCAGCGCCGGAGCCCCGGUCCGUAGGCUGUACCCCGCCAGCUCUGAGUACCCUGACCUGCGCAAACACAACAACUGCAUGGCCAGCCACCUGACGCCCGCCAUCUAUGCCAAGCUGUGCGAUAAGGCCACGCCCAACGGAUACACGCUGGACCAGGCCAUCCAGACGGGGGUGGACAACCCCGGGCACCCCUUCAUCAAGACGGUCGGCAUGGUGGCUGGAGACGAGGAGUCCUAUGAGGUGUUUUCAGAACUGCUCGAUCCGAUCAUUAGAGAGCGGCACAACGGCUACGAUCCUCAUACCAUGAAGCAUCCCACUGACCUUGAUGCUAGCAAGAUCCACUCGGGCCAAUUUGACGAGCGCUACGUGCUGUCAUCAAGGGUGAGGACAGGCCGCAGCAUCCGGGGGCUCAGCCUGCCCCCCGCCUGCACCCGGGCGGAGCGUAGGGAGGUGGAGCGCGUGGUGGUGGACGCCCUCGCCGGUCUCAAGGGCAAUCUGGACGGGAAGUACUACAGUCUGACCCAAAUGACGGACCAGGAGCAGCAGCAACUCAUUGAUGACCACUUCCUCUUUGACAAGCCCGUCUCUCCCCUGCUGACGUGUGCGGGAAUGGCGCGUGACUGGCCCGACGCCCGUGGAAUUUGGCACAACAAUGAGAAGACGUUCCUCAUUUGGAUCAAUGAGGAGGAUCACACCAGGGUCAUCUCCAUGGAGAAGGGAGGCAACAUGAAGAGAGUGUUUGAGAGGUUCUGCACAGGCCUCAAAGAGGUGGAGCGCCUGAUCCAGGAGCGAGGCUGGGAGUUCAUGUGGAACGAGAGGCUGGGCUACGUCCUCACCUGCCCCUCCAACCUGGGAACCGGCCUGCGGGCGGGGGUCCACGUCAAGCUGCCCCUGUUGAGCAAGGAUCCUCGCUUCAGCAAGAUCCUGGACAACCUGCGUCUGCAGAAGAGAGGCACGGGCGGCGUGGACACCGCUGCCGUGGGCGGAACCUUUGACAUCUCCAACCUGGACCGCCUUGGACAUUCAGAGGUGCAGUUGGUGCAGACGGUGGUGGAUGGCGUCAACUACCUGGUGGAGUGUGAGAAGAAACUGGAGAAAGGCCAGGACAUCAAGGUGCCCCCGCCCAUCAAGCAGUUCAAGUAGACCCUGACACCGCCACCCGACCCCCACCUCCCGGGCACACACACAUGCACACACCCCCAACCUGUGCCCAUAGAUAUGUAAAUAUCUAUGCCAGUCUUCCAUCUAUUAUCUCUACUGUAUCUUCCCCUCAACACCUCAUAAGCAACUUAUGUAAUCCUCCUGACACUCCAGAGUCCCAAAACCCUUCAGUGGGAUUUGUUCAAAUGUAGAAAUCAAA